AUGGCUUGCUUGAAAACAGGUGCACGGCUAUGCAGACAAUUUUUAUUCAGUGGACAAUCUUCUUUAAAGUUUUCUGCAGUCCCCUUGUCUUCUAGAUGGAUGUCAACAGGAAAAUAUGAAUAUAUCAUAGUAGAAAAGAAAGGAGAGAAGAACAAUGUUGGUUUAUUCAACUUAUCGUAACCAAAAGCACUCAAUGCACUUUGUGCAGGCCUCAUGUCUGAGCUUGAUCAAGCUGUGAAGGGAUUUGAAGCUGAUAAUGAUGUUGGGGCUAUUGUAUUAAAACAGGUAAUCAGUGAAAGAGCCUUUGCAGCUGGAGCUGAUAUUAAAGAAAUGCAGACAAAAGAAUUUUCAGAAGUUUGGAGAGGAAAUUUCUUGAGUGAAUGGGAUGCCUUGUCAAGAUGCUCCAAACCAGUGAUUGCAGCUGUUAAUGGAUUUGCUUUAGGAGGUGGUUGUGAGGUAGCCAUGAUGUGUGAUAUAAUCUAUGCCGGUGACAAAGCACAGUUUGGACAACCAGAAAUCACACUGGGCACCAUACCAGGAGCUGGAGGGACCCAGAGACUGUGUAAAGCUAUCGGGAAAUCUAAGGCUAUGGAGAUGGUGUUAACAGCUGAUAGGAUGUCUGCAGUAGAAGCCGAGAAAGCAGGACUGGUUAGUAAAGUUGUCCCUGCAGCAGAACUGGUCAAUGAGGCUGUUAAAACAGCUGAGAAAAUUAGCAGCUUCUCUAAAAUAGCCUCAGGAAUGUGCAAGGAAGCAGUCAAUGCAGCAUAUGAAAUGUCUCUGAAAGAAGGACUUCAUUUUGAAAAGCGGCUUUUCCAUGCUUCAUUUGCUUCAAAUGAUCGAAAGGAGGGUAUGACGGCGUUUUCAGAGAAAAGACCACCCAAAUUCACCGACAGUUAAACAGAUUAUUAUGAAAAAAAUUGAAGAGUGCCAGUUAUCUUAACUAAGACUGUACAUGUACUGUGAAAAUAUGGGACAUACUGGGUAGUAUGAACUAUUACAUGGACAUUUAAUAAAAUUGAAUGAAGUCUAAAAAUGAACUGAUAUACUACAAAUUAUGUUAUGUGUGAAUUCCAGAUAGCCAGUGCAGGUGUUACAAAGGUUAUUUUCGCCCAUUUGCACUUGCAAACAAUUUUUCGCCCAGUUUUAAAUUUGCAUAGUCAUAGUUCUGUUUGAGAAAUAAUGCAGUGUUCUUUGAAAUGGCCCUAUGUUAAAUUUGCCCAUCUACGAAGAGGGCAAAAGAGGUGGAAAAUUUCACUAUAUAGAGUACAUGCUUUUAUAUAGAUUCAUUAUGAUUGUGUAUUGAUUGUGAUGAGAAACCAUUAAAUUAUGAAGUG